AGCAGAAGCAGCAAGAGAAGCUGAUGAAGAGAGAGAUGCAGGGGAGGAGGAGCGGGACAGCAGCCAACAUGAGGGCAGAAGCAGCAGGUCACACAAAGGCAACUGGAUACCUGAGGUCAUGACCCCCGCUUUGACUGACAGCGAGUGUAAGAUGACACUGCAUGCGGAUGAGGAAGUGUGUCCUGUCAGCUUUCCCUUGUGACACCGCAGCGGCAAGAAGUGCCAGGAGGACUUCUAGUUUUAGGAGGCAGUAAAUAUAAAGCUUCCACCCGAGCCACAGAUCACCUGUGAGGAGAACAAAGACACACACCUGGUGGCGCACAGAGGCAGCGUGAGACCGUUCGUCAACUUCAACGCCAAACACGAUGCUGAGAUCCUCCAUAAGGCCAUGAAAGGAUUCGGAACGGAUGAAGACGUCAUCCUCAUGCUCCUGGCGGCACGCAGCAACGAUCAACGCCAGCAAAUUAAGGCAGCGUACAAGAAGGCCUACGGAAAGGACUUGGUCAGCGUGCUGAAAUCGGAGCUCGGCGGGCUGUUGGAGAGUCUGAUUGUGGCCUUGAUGACCCCACCUACAUCAUAUGAUGCUUCUCAACUGCACAUGGCUCUCAAGGGCGUCGGGACCGAUGACGAAGUGCUGAUUGAGAUCCUCGCCUCCAGGACUGGCGAACAGAUUAAAGAAAUCAUCAAAGUGUACAAGAAAGAGUUCGGAGGCAAGCUGGAGAAAGAUGUCUGCGGUGACACCUCGGGGGACUAUCAGAAGCUGCUGGUGAUCCUGCUCCAGGGCAGCAGGGAGGAGGGAGUAGAUGAGGGCAAGAUCGAGAAGGACGCUAAGGACUUGUAUGCUGCUGGUGAGGGCAAGUUUGGCACAGACGAGGAAAAAUUCAUCACAAUUCUUGGCAACAGGAGCGCAGAGCAUCUCAGAGCAGUGUUCGACGCCUACAGGAAGCUCUCUGGCUCUGAUAUAGAGGACAGCAUUAAAGGAGAGACCACUGGGAAUUUGGAGAACCUGCUGCUGGCUGUUGUGAAAUGUGCCAAAAGUGUCCCAGAAUAUUUUGCUGAAGGCCUGUAUAAAUCUAUGAGGCGAGCUGGAACUGAUGACGACACCCUGAUGAGGAUAAUGGUGUCGCGGAGCGAGGCGGACAUGUUGGACAUCAGAGCCAGCUUCAAAAAGAUGUAUGGAGCGUCUCUGUACAGCACCAUCCAGGAGGACACAAGUGGAGACUACCAGAAGGCUUUGCUCUACCUCUGCGGCGGGAAUGACUAAUGCUGUUUUAUGGCGUGUUGAGCAGCACUGAUAUGAGCCACCACGGUGCCGCGAGACUACAAAGCUACGUGUGAGAUGAGGUUAUUGAUCCAGAGUUGGUGACUCUUUCUGACUAUAGCUUUUUAUUGAUUGAAUUAGUGUGAAUUACCCCCCUGUCAUUUUGCCUUAUGACACUAUCUGAGUGCAUUCAUUUAAAAAGUUUGUUUUUGUUUGAUGUCAGACAUAAAUGAAACAAAACACAGAAACAAAAAACUCUAACAGUGUUUAAUGAAAGUGCAGUUAUGAUUUUGAAAUAAUUAAAUAAAUUUGAUUCGUUUGAAAUGAA